UCUUCAACGAAGAGGGUGGUACCCUGUGAAAGUACUGUCCAAUGAAAGUAAUUAAUGCCAGAUCCCAGGUAACCAGGAGCGGAGAGUGCUAUGGAGAACUUCACAGCGCUGUUUGGAGCUCAAACUGACCCCCCACCGCCACCAAGCGCCCUAGGCUUCGGACCUGGAAAACCUCCCCCGCCACCUCCUCCUCCUCCGGGAGGUGGUCCAGGCACAGCCCCACCCUCGACGGCAACCUCGGCCCCCGCAGGAGCGGAUAAGUCGACGGCUGGAAGUGGCCCCUUCUACCUUAUGCGGGAAUUGCCAGGUAGCACAGAGCUGACGGGCAGCACCAAUUUAAUCACACACUACAACCUGGAACAGGCCUAUAAUAAGUUCUGUGGGAAGAAAGUGAAGGAGAAGCUAAGUAACUUCCUGCCUGACCUGCCAGGGAUGAUUGAUCUCCCUGGCUCCCAUGACAACAGCAGCCUCCGCUCCCUCAUUGAGAAGCCUCCUAUUCUUGGUGGCUCUUUUAAUCCGAUCACAGGGACCAUGCUGUCUGGUUUCCGCCUUCACACUGGCCCGUUGCCAGAGCAGUGUCGUCUGAUGCAUAUUCAGCCUCCCAAGAAGAAGAAUAAGCAUAAGCACAAACAGAGCCGUACCCAGGAUCCUGUUCCCCCAGAAACACCAUCUGAUUCAGAUCACAAAAAGAAGAAAAAGAAGAAAGAAGAGGAUCCUGAACGGAAAAGGAAGAAGAAAGAAAAGAAGAAGAAGAAGAACCGACAUAGUCCAGACCACCCAGGUAUGGGCAGCUCUCAAGCCAGCAGCAGCAGCAGCCUCCGCUAAUAGUACUACUGGACUUUGCCAAGGAUGGCUUUCCUGUGAUACUGAACCUGCUGAUAAAAACUGUCUUCCAGGCACUUGGACCCUGUUGUGGGGGCAUUCAACAGCUGGACAGGGGCCAGCCCCUGCUGUGCAUGUGACUAAUACACUUUAGAGAAGGGCCAUGCUUUUUUAUGGUUUAGUCCAAUUGGCAUUUUCAUGGAUAUCCUUUUUACAAGAAAAAGGAUCUUUUUUAUCUUUUUUUUUUCCCCUUCUUUUGUGUAAUUUGAUUCCAGGACUUCAGUGUUUUGUUUUGUUUUUUUUAAAAGCAUGUUUCAUAGACUGACUAGUAUGGCUGCCUUUUAAGAGGCUAGUGCCAUUCUAUUUGAGUCAAAGUUAAGGACAAGGCACUAAGAUGCAAGAGAUUUUGGAUCUUGCCAUCACAUUAUUUCCUUAGCAGGCUAGAAAAUCAAAAUGAGAAUAGAGAACAUGGUCUGAAAACAACCUAGUUUGCUAGUGUUUUCCUACCAUAGGCACAAAUACUUUGCUGAUUAUGCUCAGAGCAAAGUGCCUGGAUGAUCUUCAUCUUCCAUCAGGAAAGCUGACCCAAAUAAGGUUUAUACCAGUGUUUAUAUACCACAGGGAACUGGUAAUCCACAUUCACUAGUAUAUUUUAGCAGGAAAAAACAACUAGUAUUUAUCUCAUUAUGCCCAAACCUUUUUCUGGAGCCUGACCCCUAAGACUUGUGUAUACUAGACAAGUUUAUAUUUUCCUUUCCCUCCCUCCCAGACUUUUUUUCUCUACAUGCUUUUUAAAUGAACCUCUGGCAAGAAGUUUAAUGCUGGAUUUGGUUGUUUUGAAAGUUUUUGGUUUGGAUUUUUUUGAGACGACAUCACACUAUCCCAACCCUGGCUGGCUAUGAAGACUAGGCCCCAAGCUUGAGAGACCCAUCUGCCUCUGCCUACCAAGUUCAGGGAUCAAAGGCAUAUACCACCAUGCUUAGUUGUUUUUACUUUCUAAAAGGGAAAUUAAGGAAUAACACAAGAGAUUUCAACACACAGGAUGUUUUUGUUAUGAAAAGCUAGGUUUUUCUCACCCAGCAAGGCAUUUAAUUUGAUAGCCAGAAUAAAAACAGGACCAGAGAAUGAGGUUUCCCUUUUGACUCCGUAAGACCAUUCACCCUGCCUUAACCAGACAAAACACAAGUCAGGGGAAACUGGUUAGAUCAGGAUUUAUUUUAUUCCUUGUUGGUUUAAAAUGGCUAAUCAGAAUAAAAAAAUUAAAGGGUCUUUGUA